ACCUAUUAUCACCACUAUUACUACCAAUUUGAUUGAUGCUGUAAUGUCUUCUAAUGAUUCUGAUUCUGAUGCUUCUAUUACUUCUGUACGCAGCUGUAUAGUAGUUGAGGUCCUUCCAGAAGACCUUACUGCUGCCUGCAAUACAGACUGUACGCCCGAGCGCUGUGACGCAGCAACAGUCCGGCCCUGCGAACCUCCGGCUACCGAGCAUGGUCUUCCGGGCUCCUUCCGGCCCUUUAACGUGCCGGCCACUCGAAGGACAACACGAAAGGGCUGCUUAGACUGUAAUGUACCGUUAUGUAUUGAUAGAGAUUGCUGGUACCUCUGGCACACCCAAAAUCUAUAGAGAUUGGAGGUACUAGAGAUCUAUUGGUUAACUUAAAGGGUUUCCAGGCCCUUAUUGGCUCUACCCCGCCCUUGGCGAAAAUGGCGUCCAUCCGCACCCGAUGGGAUAGGGCCCUAACGGAUAUGGUG